AUGUUACCUUUUGGAAAUCUCUACAAGUUGCAGCAUCUUGAUCUUUGGCACAAUUUUCUUGAAGCAAAUAUACCAUCUUUUCUUGGAAAUCUCUCCCAAUUGCAACAUCUUCCUCUCAGUUGCUAUUAUUUUGAAGGAAAUAUACCGUCCCAACUUGGGAAUCUCACCAAGUUGGAACAGCUCUAUCUUGGAGGAUAUCUUGGAGGAGGUAUCAAAAUUGAAGAUGGAGGUCAGUGGCUCUCAAAUCUCCUUUCUUUAACCCAUUUUUCCUUGGUAUCUAUAUCAAAUCUUGAUCGUUCUUAUAGUUGGUUAAAAAUGAUUGCGAAGCUACCCGAACUAAGCGAACUGAGUUUAGUUGGUUGUAGCCUUUCCGAUCAUUUCAUUCUCUUAUCCAAGCCUUCUAAGUUGAAUUUCUCUACUUCCCUCUCUGUCCUUGAUCUUUCUCAGAACACCUUCACGUCACCAAUGGUAUUCCAGUGGGUGUCAAACAUCACUUCCAACCUUUUUGAGCUUGACCUUAGUGCUAACCACUUGGAGGGUUUUACAUCAAGUGAUUUUGGUACGGUCAAGAAUUCGCUUAGGCAUCUUGACCUCUCCUCUAAUAAUUUCAAGGCCAAAGAUUUGAAAUCUUUUACAAAUAUAUGCACCUUACAUUCUUUAUACUUGUCUUCAAACAAGUUCACAGAAGACCUUCCUUCCAUUCUUAGUAAUUUGUCCCGUGGUUGUGUUAGACACUCAUUGCAAAAAUUGGAUCUUUCAUCUAAUCACAUCACUGGCACUUUGUCUGACAUUUCAGUAUUCUCCUCUUUGAAAACAUUGUUUCUUCAGACAAAUCGGUUAAGUGGAAGGAUACCUGAAGGUGUGAAGUUACCAUCUACUUUGGAGGAUUUGUCAAUUAGCGAAAAUUUCUUUAAAGGUGGAAUUCCAAAAUCUUUUGGGAAUGCAUGUGCUUUGCACUCAUUUGACAUGAGUGGUAAUAACUUGAAUGUUGAGCUUCCAACGAUAAUUUCUCACUUGUCAGGAUGUGCUAGAUAUUCAUUGCAAGAAUUAUAUCUACAUAUGAAUAAAAUCAUUGGUACACUACCAGACUUCUCAACAUUUACAUCUUUAAAAGUAUUAUAUCUUUCUGAAAAUAAGCUAAAUGGAGAGAUUCAUAAGGAUAUUCAAUUUCCACAUCAAUUGGAGGAACUCGACGUGCAUUCAAAUUCUUUAAAAGGUGUGCUUAGUGAUUACCAUUUCACUAACAUGUCUAAGUUACAUGUAUUGGAUUUAUCUGAUAAUUCAUUGGCCUUGACAUUUACCCAAAAUUGGGUUCCACCUUUUCGGUUGUUCACCAUAAAGUUGAGAUCUUGCAACUUAGGUCCAGCAUUUCCGAAAUGGUUGCAAACACAAAACAAAUAUUUUUAUAUUGAUAUUUCAAAAGCUGCAAUAUCAGAUAUUGUUCCCAAAUGGUUUUGGGCUAAAUUACCACUGCAACAAGGUUCGAAAAUCGCGAACCCUCUUCUUCCUCCCCGCGCCAGCCUCUGCAACUCUCUCUCUCUCCUCCCCAACUCCCCGGAGUUCGUCUUCACCUUCAUGGCGGUCUCCAUGCUCGGCGCCGUCGCCACCACCACCAACCCCUCCUACACCGCCGCCGAACUCGCCAAGCAACUGGACGUCUCCAACGCCAAGCUCGUCGUCACGCUCUCCACCCACGUCCACAAGCUCAACAACCAGCAAGCGCAGCACCACUUCUUCAAGGUGGCAACCGUCGACGACCCACCGGAGAAUUGCUGGGCUUUCCCGGAGGGCGACGAGAGUGAGGUUUCGGAGGUUGAGAUAUCAGUGGAGGACACGGUGGCGCUGCCGUUUUCGUCGGGGACGACGAGGCUGGCGAAGGGGGUGAUUCUGACGCACAAGAGUUUGGUAACCAGCGUGGCGCAACAGAUAGAGGGAGAGAACCCGCACAUGUACCUGAAAGAAGAGGACGUUGCUGAUCCAGAAGUUUGA